GCCAGAAGGAGAUGUAUUUCACCGGGAGGGGUCCUCUCCGUCUUUCUUUCUUGGAGGCGCGGUGGCGAUGGCGGCGGACGAGAGGCUGAGCAUCUACCGUGCGACGAGGAUCAUAAAGAAGAGGGAGAACUCCCGCCUCUACAAUGCUCUCCGCUCCAUCUACGAGGAUUCCAUCUUUGUCGCCGAGAUCGCCGGGCUUUGGCCGGACCUACCCCUUCUCGCCAACCUCCGUUGCGGCCUCUGGUACACUCCCCGAUUCGAAGCCACCUGCUACUUUAAGUCCACCGAUGGCCACACCAACAACUGGUCCUUCAACACCUCGCGACUCAACCUCCAUGUGGCCCACCUCGCCGGACAGCGAGGAGGGUGUAUUAUAGUGGAUUCCACCCGUAGGGGGAAACGGUUUCCGGAUAGCAUGUCGAAGACAAUACCCAUAUGGACGUGUGUGUUGAACCGAGCAGUCAAGAAUUAUUUGCUGAGAAUGCCUGCGGAAAGCCAAAGAGAUGGUGAAUCGGAGUCAUACUGUUCACCUAAUGAAAAGGCCGACGUUAGGCUCCUCUCUGAUGAUUGGGAUAACUCUCUGCAUCUUCCACUAUGGGUCCCAGAGAAUGAGAAGGCAGCUAUAGAGGGACACAUUGAAGAAUGGACCAAACAGUUGGAAGCUUGUGGUGCUGAUAUUGGUUCUUUUGCAUCAAUCUUAAGGAAACCCCUGCGCCCCUUGUGGAUUUCUCAAAAGACUCUUAUAUGGCUGAAUGAAGUUCCUGAUUGUAAUUCUUGGGACUUCACACCCAUCAUCCUGGUUUCAGCAUCUGCUUCAGAUGGAAUAGCUCAGCAAAGGUCCAUGUCAGAAUUCAGCUGGCAUUAUAUUCCUGGAGCGGGAGAUGAUGAAGAGAGCUGGGCACGGGGUCUAUCACCUAAUCUAUUUUGGAAGCAUGCAUUUGAGCUGAUAGAUUCUGGUCCUGAUCUCUGCAAUCAACGAGUUGCUGAAAUAGUUGAAAAGGAAAGGGUAUAUCGGGCACAAAGGGGUGAAUACUCACCUCAAGUUACUGUCAAGCUGCAUCAGAAAUUCUUGGCAAAAAAUCAUUCCAAUAUUAAUGGAGAAUCUAUUAAUUCUUGUCAGUUAAUGGGCUCUAAAAUUUUCAUCAAUUCCAUGAAUGCAGCAUCUUCUGAUGAAAAGCAUCCCAUCUUUUGGCUUGGCUCAACAAAUCUUGUAGUGGCAGCAGCCUUACAUGUUCCAGAUGUGCUUGAUGAUGUUGACUGUGUGCUGAACUGCGACAGCGAGUUCAAAUCAUUUUGCCUUCCAUCCGCUGAUUCCUACUUGCAUCUACCUAUAGUGACUUCAAAAGAGGAUCGGUUUUCCUUGAUUAACAACCUCCUGUCAGCAGUCGAAUUUGCCAAGUUAAGCCUGAGUAGAGCAAGGAAGAUGCUAGUUUGUUGUCAUAAUGGGGAAGAUAUUAGCAUAUGUGUGUGCCUUGCUAUUCUGUCAUCCCUAUUUGACGAAGGAGGCUCUUUUGAUGGUGGCAAGUAUUUCAUGCACACAAAUAUUACCAAAUGGGAGAUGAGGAGGCGUUUGGUACUUAUUUGCAAGUAUGCAAUAAAUGCUCGCCCAUCUAGAGGGAAUCUGAAGCAGGUUUUUGGUUUUCUCAGUCGAAAAAACGAGUCUUUGUUCACUGCAGUGCCUGCUGUUCGUGGUGCUUAGGCAUCUGCUAUGCCUUCUGUCAUAUCUUGUAAAGCACUGUCAAGAGAAACUGAUUUUGGUCACUUCCUCAUUCAUGGUUUUCAUAAGAUCGAACUUUGAAGUGCAUGAAGCAAGAUGUGCCAGCAAAUUGAGAGGCAUUGCAGGGUGCUAAAUUUCAUACGAUAAAGUUGAUGAGUUGUGCCACAUGAAAGCACAGUCAUCUAGCUGUCCUUGGAGUUGCAUUCUCAAAUCCAUGAAUUACUAUCUGUUUAGUGCCUCACACUUAAGUACCACAGUCUGAGCCACAGGAUGUUUAGUGCUCAGCUAAGAUGAAGGUUGCUAGUGAGAGGUGGAAAGUAAUUAGAAUUUCUCUGGGCACUUAGAUAUUUGGAAUUUAUAAUUGGAGAACUUCGAUUAUUUGUUAAUGGUAGCGUUAGUUUGUCUUAUUUUGAAAAGAUGAUUAUGUUUUUAUAUUUUUCUAGUAUUGUUCAAGAUUUUGUUUAAGUCUAUGUACCUUGUAUAUGUUUUGGGAUACUGUUCUUUGGAAUGUGCAGCUAUGUCAGAUGCGCAACUUGAUUGAUAGUUUCAA